AUGGGCUAUUCUUGCGGCACAAAACAGCUCGAACAGUACCAGGAUGAAACGGGGCUCUGCUCCGGGCAGAGGGAAGCUGGACCGCUUGAGCAAGUGGCAAUUGGCUUGCACCGGAAUAUUGCUCCAACGGUGAUGGGCUUGGGAAUAGGUGUGCUCCCUUGCCUUCGAUCGGCCAAACAACACACUGCUGCUGCUGCCAGUGCAAGCGCAACAGGCACUGGACGGAAUUGGUAUCCUUCUCCGAAUAGGAAGUUAGUUCUAUCCCAGCUGGAGUUCGCGCGCUUGACGAAAUUAAGCAAUGGUAGGUAUUUUGGCCGAUAUCGUCCUGGCCGCCGUCGUUGUGGUAGGUCCGGCUGCUGGAGGUUGGAGACCAGAGCUGUUGCUGUGUGGGUUGACGGCGAUGUUGUUGGCGAUACACACAAAGCCCGAUUAGGAAAGGCAGGUUCAUGGCGGCUGAAAUAA